AUGUUGUCAUGGAGCUUCUCGGGUGGUGAGGGUGUGCCCUCCACUGCUGAUCCCUCAACGCCCCUGAGAUUGGACACAUCUCCACCACUCUCUUUUGCUCUGGGAGCAGAAGGGUCAAUUUCGCGGCCUGGAGCCGCCAUCAUUAUCUGGGAGUUCCUGAUGAUAGUGACACCACCCAGUGAACGAACUGCCUUCGAUCGCAGCCAUCCAUUUGCGCACGUUGGUCUGGCAUCUCCACCUCUUGGGCUCUCGUCCAGCUUGCGGCUUCUUAUCUGUGCUUUUUUGUCACUUCCAACCCUGUCAAUCGGCGUCGCCCUGGGGAGCUGUCUUUUGAGGUCUCAAAUUUCCCUUGCUACCCCUCCGCUAUACAAUCAUGCUUUAUCCAUCAUGACCUGCUGUGGUGUUGAAGAGAACCGUAUGGGGGUGGAUGAGAUCUCGCUUUGUUCCUAA